AUGAGGCUGUUAUCAUUCAUUAUUCUGCUUUUCGUGUCAGCGACCUCGUUCGCAACCUCCUUCGACCUGCCACAUACCAACCCGUCUAUUAUCACUCGCGCGAACGGUUCCCCAGUGCCCGGCCAGAACCCCUUUCAGUUCUGUGAGGAUCCUUCCUCCUAUGCUUUCAAGAUUGAUAAACUAGAUUUGAUACCAUAUCCUCCCAAAGCUGGUCAAAAUACUACUAUCAAAGCCAGCAUAAAAUUCCUCAAGCCUUUAAGAAAUGGUGCAUGUGUUAAGGUCAAAGUUAGCGCCGGCCAUACGGAUAUUCUUUCAAAGACUUUUGAUAUCUGUCAGGAGGUCAAAAAAGUCAAUUUGAAGUGUCCUUUGGAGAAAGAGGUGGACCUCGAGACCAAGAUAGACCUGAAGGAUGUCCCCUCUGGUACAUACCAGCUAUCGGCAAAGUUCUACACAGAAGAUGCGGUUGAAAUUGCUUGUCUCACUUUGUCUAAUAUCAAGCUAUAG